UGUAGUUAGACGGCUAAGACCGAUCACGGUCCAUCUCGCCAGUUUUGAAAGUUUGUUAUUAAUUAUUCAUCGCGCGGCCUUCGCAAAAAACCGUUUAAAUUUGUACAAUAAUCGUUUAUUUUAUUAGAAGUUUUUAUCAGAAUUGUGCAUUGAACUAGAUAAAGUUGGUGAUUACCUGAAUCAGGAUGUUUGCCUUCCCGGAACAUGGAACCGCUCAUUUGCGGAUAGCGUUGCAACGUGAAUCGGCUCUUGCCCUCAAUCGAAAUCGGGAAUCUGAAGCUAUAUUCUUCUCCACCCAAGCGCUCUGCGCUGGAAUCCACCAAAAAUUCGAUGACGAUUGCAGGAAACUGACCCCAAACAGCGAUAUAUUAUCAUCUUUGGUUGGCGAUCUCAAAGUUCCGGAUAGGAAAAACGCUGCUGAUAGUCCGGAUGCAGUGGCAGGAUUCGCAGAUCUUCAUCGCCGUUGCCAGCAAUUGCCGGAGGAGUGGACCGUGUUUCAAAUCAGCAAAUGCUACACUCCUCGAUGGAAUUCGCUGACCCAUCAAGAAAUGCUUCGGGAGAGGACAUGUGUAGAAUUCAUAUUGCUGAAAUACCCCAACUCUGAGCUGCUGGAUGGGAAACCCUUGAUGAUACGCUUGGAACCUCCGAAGGAGUCGGAUUUCUUUGCGGUACUAUCGUCGAUCCCAGUUGAGGUGAAAUCUUUCCUAGAGGAAGAGGUCAACUCGGGAUCUCGGAGGCAGGAUGAAAUCGAGUCUCACAUCGCCGGAAUAAUCGAUCGAUUGGUCACAUGGUUGGGACCAUGGGUUGUCCUUUUCAGUGGAAAAUUUACCUCUCCCAGGGAUCAGCAGUUGGAGGCGGAAAUUUUCAACCGAGUGGAGGACUUCUGUAUAACAAAUAAGCGAAGCAAACGGGAUCAACUUCUGAUGUCCCUUUUGGCGCGGCGGUUGGAUCUGGUUGAUUUAAAAGCGAUAUAUAGGUUCUGUUGCGAAAUGGCCGCAGAUGAACACAAACUAAAGGGGAUGUUUGACUUUCUUGCCGGAUUGAAGGAAAGCAAAUUCGAUGUGGUGUUUAAUUCAAGUUGUUUUCCAUGCUUGAUGGUGGUUGACGAGUUGGUCGAUAGCUAUCCAUGGGAAAUGAUGAACACAGGUCAGGAAUUUUGUCGAUUUGGGUCCGUUCGAUUGCUGAUGCAGUUAGUUGAAACCCAUAGAGACAAAAUUAAGAACGGAUAUCUGAGAGUACCAGCACUGAAGUGCCACAGUAUAAUUAAUCCAGACAACAAUUUGGCCAAGAUGAGUGUACGUCUACAAGCAUUCUACAAGGAGUGGUAUCAGGAUUUUAAAUUGACAAUUGAUUCGCCACCGACAGAUAGCGAAUUUGGAACCAUAUUGCGUGAGACGGACGUGAUGAUCUACAAUGGCCACGGCACUGGCCUUCAGUUCAUCGAUGGUGAAACAAUUCUCCAGCAGGACAUCAAGAGUUUAAUUUUCUUGUUCGGCUGCGACUCGGUGCGAUUGUUCGCCAGUGGCCUUUUCCGAGACAUGGCCGGUAGCCAUCUGUACUACAACAUCGCGAAAUGUCCAACGGUGGUGGGCGCCCUUUGGGCACUGACCGAUUAUUUCACCGAUUACUACUCGAUCUUGUUGGUCGGCCAGUGGAUCCCGACACAGAAUCCCAAAUUUCGCGAACAUUCCGUUUUCGAUUUGGAUUCGUCGGCGUUUAAACAUGGCACAUUGCAAAUAACGAAAAAAACGCAAUCCAAACUAGGCGAUGAAAAUUUGUUGGCACUGAUGGCGCAGUUCCGACGACGCAAUUGGCUUCCAAAGCGGAUACGAUGCGCCAUGGUGUGUCGUGGACUACCGGUUAUCAAUUCUGCGUUCUAGAAGACUCGUUUGUAAUAUAAUUCAUUUGACUCUAACAUAAUUCUGUCUACGAUACCAAUGUAGUACUAUACAUUCGAAAUCCUUAUACAGGGCUGGUUGCGUCUGAGCGUCUUAAAAUAUGAAUUUAACGAGACUAAACAAGUUCCAAAAAAAGACCACACUGGGACCAAGAGCACAAUAAAAACAAUGGUACAAACCUAA